AUGGGCGGGAAGGGCAAUGUGUCCGCGAAGGCCAGGAAGGCCGAGAAGGACGCGGCCAUGUCGGAAUUGAAGGCGAAAGAGAAGGAAGACAUGGAGUGGGCACAAGCAGGCGACGGUGCGUUGACGAAAGGGCAGGCGAAGAAGCUGGAAGCUGAACGGAAGCGUAUGGAGAAGCUUGAGAAGAAGCAGGAGAAGCAAGCGCUGCACGACGAGGAGAUCGAGGAGGCCACUGCGAAGAAGCAGAAGGAGAAGUGGCGGUACGACAAGCCCACGGCGCACGAGAUCCUCAAAGCCAAGGAGGCGGAUCACGCAGAGAAGAUGCGGAAGCGCGAGGAGUGGGUCAAGGCGCAGCGGCGCGAAAUGAGCGAACGGGACUACGCCAGGCUGGUGGACGUGGUGAUCAACAACAAGCGCGACGACUUCGUGGACGCGAGCAACCUCGCGGACGCGGUCAGGCAGCUCGAGGCCAUGGAGCUCCGCGGCAGCACGUCCAGCCCCAAGGUUGCCAUGACAUUCAAGCUGUACUACCCCCGCAAGAUUGAGGAGCUCAAGGCCGAGAAGCCGGGGUUGAAGCUGACGCAGUACAAGGACCUCGCGUGGAACGCCUGGCAGCGGUCGCCGGAGAACCCAAAGAACCAGCAGUGA